AUUUUAAUACUACUUCUUAACUUUUCUUUUCGAUUGCUUUUUUAUAUUUUUUGGGCCUCGAAGUUUAAUUUUACAUACUAUAUUUUUUUAUCAGCAAAAAUAAAUUUCUUGAUCCAACAUGGAUAUGCAAGCGUUGCCUAAUUCGCAACAAAAUCGACUCAAUCGUGACGAAGAAUAUCAAGCUAAACAUCAACAUUACUCAGAUGAAUCCACAAUUGAAGGUGUUCACGAAAAGGAAGAGAUUCGCGAUUCAGAUGAAUACCCUAAUCAAAUUUCUAAUGGCGGUGCCUUUGGUGAAACCGAAGGUAAUGCUGUCAACAUUGAGGAAGCCAUGUCCAACUAUGAAGAGAUCCGCAGAGAAUUAACUCAUCAAUCCCGUGUCUCUCGUCGUAAAUCUUUAUCUCCUGGUGAAGCCGAAAAGGGUGAUGUCAAAGAUUUCGAUUUGACUGAUUUCUUGACCGAUCAAAACGACCAAGGUCAAGCCGCUGGUUUCCAUCCUAAGCAUAUGGGUGUUGUCUGGAAAGAUUUAGUUGUACAAGGUCUUGGUGCUGAUGCCAAAACUAUCGAUACCAAUUGGACUUGGAUCCGUGAUACCAUCAAGUUCUGGAAAUGGGGUAAACAUGAAGGUACCGAUUUCACUAUCCUCAAGGGCAACGAUGGUUUCUGUAAAGACGGUGAGAUGCUUCUCGUUCUCGGUCGUCCUGGUGCUGGUUGUACUACUCUUCUUCGUGUUAUUGCUAACAUGCGUUCCUCUUACACUAACAUUGAAGGUUCUGUUCAUUACGGUGGUAUUGAAGCUCAAGAAUUCUCCAAGUUUUUCCGUGGUGAAGUUUGUUAUAACGAAGAAGAAGAUCUCCAUUACCCUACUUUGACUACCAAGCAAACCUUGAGUUUUGCCUUAAAGAACAAAACUCCUGGUAAGCGUCUCGAUAACGAAACCAAGGGUGAUUUCAUCAACAAGAUUCUCUUCAUGCUUGGUAACAUGCUUGGUUUGACCAAACAAAUGAACACCAUGGUCGGUAAUGCCUUUGUCCGUGGUCUCUCUGGUGGUGAACGUAAGCGUCUCUCUAUUGCUGAACAAAUGACUACUCGUAGUUCCAUCAAUUGUUGGGAUUGUGCUACUCGUGGUUUAGAUGCUUCUUCUGCUCUUGAUUAUGUUCGUUCUCUUCGUAUCAUGACCGAUAUUAUGCACAAGACUACUAUCUCUACUCUUUAUCAAGCCUCCGACAGUAUCUUCAACCUCUUUGAUAAGGUCAUGGUGCUCGAUGAAGGUCGUUGUAUCUAUUUCGGUCCUACUGCUACUGCCAAGCCUUACUUUGAAGACAUGGGUUUCUACUGUCCUGAUCGUAAGUCUACUCCCGAUUUCUUGACUGGUCUCUGUAACAUGAACGAACGUGAGUUCCGUGAUGGUUACAAGAACAAGGUACCUGUGAAUGCUGUCCAAUUCGAAAAGGCCUACAAGGAAUCCCAUGUAUACAAUGCCAUGAUGAAAGAACGUGAUGAAUAUGAAGCCAAGAUUAACCAAGAUCGCCCUGAUGAGAAGUUCCGUCAAGCCUUCUUGGAAGCCCAUCAAAAGAAUGCCCCCAAGCGUUCUCCCUUUGUCGCCUCUUACUACCAACAAGUCAAGUCUUUGACCGUGCGUCAAUUCCAAUUGAUCUUUGGUGAUACUGGUGCUUUGAUUUCUCGUUAUGGUGGUGUUGUUGUCAAGGGUCUUAUCAUGGCCUCUGUCUUUUAUAUGAUGCCUCAAGAUGCUUCCGGUGCUUUCUCUCGUGGUGGUGCUGUUUUGUUCUCUCUUUUGUUUAAUGCUUUAAUUGCUCAAGCUGAAUUGUCCGCUUUCAUGCAAGGUCGUCGUGUCUUGGAAAAGCAUAAGCAUUUUGCCUUGUACCGUCCUUCUGCUUUCUAUAUUGCUACUGUGAUUGCUGAUAUUCCUCUUGCUCUCAUUCAAGUCAUCGUUUUCGAACUUUGUGUCUACUUUAUGAUGGGUUUUGUCUUGGAAGCAGGAAAGUUCUUUACUUUCUUUAUUAUUCUCGUUGCCACCAAUUUGUGUAUGAAUGGUUUCUUCCGUUUCUGGGGUGCCGUUUCACCUAAUUUCUUCACCGCUUCUCAAUUAUCAUCCGUCUUAUUGAUUGCUUGUCUUGUUUACUGUGGUUACCAAAUUCCUUAUACUCAAAUGCAUCCUUGGCUCAUGUGGAUCUACUGGAUCAAUCCUCUUGCCUAUGGUUACAAGGCUUUAAUUUCCAACGAAUUGAACGGUAUGGACUUUUCUUGUGCUGGUGCCAAUUCUGUUCCUUUCGGUCCCUCUUACACUGAUGAUGCCUAUACCACCUGUAGUCUUGCCGGUGCUGUCCCCGGUGCCAACACGGUCUCUGGUGAUGCUUUCCUCCACACUGCCUAUGGUUAUGAAAUCUGGCAACGUUGGAUCAAUUUUGUUGCUGUCAUCUUGUUCUUUAUCUUUUUCACCGCCAUUACUGCUCUUGGUAUGGAAUUCGUUGAUCUCCAAAAGGAAGGUUCUGUCACCAAGGUCUACAAGGCCGGUAAAGCUCCCAAGCCUAUUGAUGAAGGUUUAGCUCUCCAACAAACUGUGAACGAAGCUGAUGAAAAGAUGGAAGCUGUCUCCGAAGGUACCACUUUCUCCUGGCAUCACAUGGAUUACACUGUUCCUAUCAAGGGUGGUAAACUCAAGCUCUUGAAUGAUAUCGGUGGUAUUGUACGUCCUGGUCAUUUGACUGCUUUGAUGGGUUCCUCUGGUGCUGGUAAGACUACCUUAUUGGAUGUCUUGGCCAAGAGAAAGACAAUUGGUAAGAUUGAAGGUCGUAUCUACAUGAACGGUGAACCUAUCGGUCCUGAUUUCGAACGUUCUACUGGUUAUUGUGAGCAAAUGGAUGUCCACAAUCCUAACGCUACUGUCCGUGAAGCUCUCAAGUUCUCUGCUUAUCUCCGUCAAGCUCCUAGUGUUCCCAAGGAAGAAAAGGAUGACUAUGUUGAACAAAUUAUUCGUCUUAUGGAAAUGGAAAGAAUCGCUGAUGCUCUUGUCGGUGAUCUUGAAGCUGGUGUUGGUAUCUCUGUUGAAGAACGUAAGCGUCUUACAAUUGCUACCGAAUUGGUUGGUAAGCCCAAGCUUCUCUUCUUGGAUGAACCUACCUCUGGUCUUGAUGCUCAAAGUUCUUAUAAUAUUGUCCGUUUCAUUCGUAAACUUGCUGAUGCUGGUUGGCCCGUGCUUUGUACCAUUCAUCAACCUUCCGCUACCCUCUUUGAACAUUUCGAUCAUUUGGUCUUGUUAGUCCGUGGUGGUCGUACUGCUUACUGUGGUGAAAUUGGUCCCAAUGCUACUACUAUGGUCAACUACUUUGAAAGUAAUGGUGGUCCCAAGUGUUCCCCUAGUGCUAAUCCUGCUGAAUAUAUUCUUGAAUGUGUUGGUGCCGGUACUUCUGGUAAGGUGACUCAAGAUUGGGCUGAUGUCUGGACUGGAUCUGUUCAAGCCAAGGCUUUAGAUGCUGAACUUGAAGAAAUUCAUGCUGGUAUUACUACUGGUCAUAAGAACCAUGCUAGUCCCUAUUCUCUUCCUUUCUGGCAACAAUUCUGGUUAGUUUACAAGCGUAUGAAUGUUUCUUGGUGGCGUUGUCCUACUUAUAACAUGGGUCGUCUUUUCAACGUGUGUUUCAUUGGUCUCUUGUCUGGUUUCUCUUUCUGGAAGCUUGGUAACUCACCUGCUGAUAUGCAAAAUCGUAUGUUCUCUGUGUUUACCACGUUAUUGAUGAGUAAUGCCUUGAUUAUUCUUGCGCAACCUCGAUUCAUGCAAGAACGUUCUUGGUUCCGUCGUGAGUAUGCUUCUAAAUACUAUGGUUGGGCACCGUUUGCACUCUCUUGUAUUCUUGUUGAAAUUCCUUACUUGAUCUUCUUCUCGGCCAUUUUCUUGUUCUGUUUCUAUUGGACUGCCGGUCUUGAGAAUACGUCUGAACGUGUUGGUUUCUUCUAUAUCCAUUUCACUGUGUUCUUGCUCUACUCUGUUUCUCUUGGUUUCAUGAUUGCUGCCUUCUCUGCUACUCCACCUAUGGCUGCUGUCAUCAAUCCUUUCUUCACAUCCAUCUUGAUUUUGUUUGCUGGUAUUAUGCAACCUCCCGCUUCGAUGCCCUAUUUCUGGAGUGCAUGGAUGUACUGGCUAGAUCCAUAUCAUUAUGUGAUUGAAGGUCUAGUUGUAAUUGUCAUGGAUAGUGUCAAGGUUACCUGUAACGAAUGGGAUUUCACCAAGAUUCCUGCCCCUCCUGGUGUCAGUUGUGGUGAUCAUAUGGCUGAUUUCUUUGCCGCCGAUGGACCCGGUUAUAUCCAAGACAACUCUGCUAUGGAUAUGUGUAACUACUGCCCAUACAAGGUUGGUAACGAGUUUUAUGAACGUCGUAUUGGAUGGAGUUACGAUAACCGUUGGAGAGAUUUUGGUAUUCUUUGUGCCUACUAUAUCUUUAACGUAUUUGCAUUCAUGGUCUUUGUCUUCUUAUUCAGAAAGGCCAAGCGAUAAAUUCAUCAUUUAUUUAAAACCCACAUAUAACCCCCCCUUUUUUAAUCUUUCUUUUUCACCUUUAAGCAUUUUUUUUAUUACUUAUCCCCCCCAUUUAGAACCUCUUUUUUUAUAUAAACUUCUUGUAUUCUAAUACAAACUUUUCUUGUACACUAUUCUUCUUUUAUUUAUCCCUUUUAUAUACACUCUUUAAAAUCGAAAAAUAAAAAAAGAAAUAUAAUAAUAACAUC